GCGCGUGGUGGACCUGCUAACGGUGAUGAUACUGGUGAUGGUGGCGGUAUUGAUGGCGACAACGAGAACAAUGAGCUUAUGAUUGAUAAUGAUGGUGAUGAUGAUGAUAAUAAUGAUGAUGAUGACGAUGACGAAAUAGAUCAAGCGCUUAUGGCUCAUGAUACUAAGCUAUCCCAUGUCAAAGAUCAAAAAAUCAAUAUUUUCUGA